CAUGAAGCAGCACGAAGCCGAGACUCAGGCAGGCUACAGCAGCUAGGCUGUAUCAGAACAGAAUAUACAGUAAAAACCCUGCGCAAGCUAUUGACUGUAGAAACAGGCUGCUGGCUCGAAUAGGAUAGGCUGCAAUCUUCGCAAUAUAAUACCUACAAGCGAGUACAGCAGCACGAGAAAGAGACUGAUUGGCCGGAGCAGAUGUUGCAGUGGGACGACGGUGACGGUGGAUUCUACGGCGAAGUCGGCGGAGCUGUGCCGUGAUCGUGCGAGAGAGUUCUUCGUUGCUGUAUAUGUGCGCGCGCGUCAAAUUCGCCACAGCCAAGCUGGAGGACUGACAACCAGCAGCAGAGAACUUCACUUUGGUUUUCUUGUCGGUCGUUUGCUUUCGCUUUCGGUUUGUUAGCCACGUUUAUGUCCGAUUACCGUAAGUCGUGUCCGAAUCUCGCGUGCUUUCAUGGGAUCGGUGAGAUCUUUUGCCGCGCCGCAGCUGCCGCAGCCAACAACAGAAUUAACAGCAACGGCAGCAGCAACAGCAGGACGACCUCCAGCUUGAGGGCAUAGCACUCGCUCUCUCUUGCCGCAAACAUGUCGGAAGUGAGCAUAUCGUCGGCGCGGGCCUCGGUCAUGGUCUACGACGACGUCAACAAGAAGUGGGUGCCGAGCGGCAGCUCCUCGGGUCUGUCCAAGGUACAACUCUACCACCACCAGCUUAACAACACCUUCCGCGUGGUCGGGCGCAAGCUCCAGGACCACGAGAUCGUCAUGAACUGCGCCAUUCUGCGCGGUCUCAAGUACAACCAGGCCACGGUCACCUUCCACCAGUGGCGCGACAACAAGCAGGUUUACGGACUCAACUUCUCCAGCAAGGACGACGCCGAUGCCUUCGCCAAGGCCAUGCUCCAAGCCCUCGACGUGCUGAGCAACGGCACAAGCAUACCGAGAAACGUUGGCCCGACACUUGCUCCUGUCACUCAGCAGCAGCAGCAGCAGCAGCAGCAGCAACAAGCACAGCAGCAGCAGCAACAACAGCAACAGCAGCAGCAACCACCACCACCCGUCUAUCAGCAACAGCAGCAGCAAAUCGUACAACAACAGCAGCCUAAUUCUCAGUACGACGAAGAUAUGGGAUAUCGGACGAUGACAAGAGAAGAUGUCGCCAUUAUCCAGGAACGCAGAAUGUCUCAAAACCAAGUGAGCAACGGCCUGAACGCAGUGUCGCCUAGCUGUCCGCCGAACGUGAUGAACCAGCAGCAGCAACAGCAGCAACAGCAGCAGUCGGGCCAUCACAGGACCUCGUCGGCACCGCCGGCUCCGGCGCCCCAGGGCCCGGCGUUGCAGCAGCAGCAGCAACAGAUGCCGCCGGCGCCGCCGCCGCAGCCACCAGCAGCACCGCCUGCCCCGCCGAUGAUGAACUUCCCCGGAGGCGUCGGCCAACAGUACGCGCAGUCCCAGCAGUCGACGGCCGCGGCCAUAGGGGGCAUCUACGGGACUGUCGGCGGGCAGGUCGGGGUUGGGCCGGCCGUGGCCCUAGGGCCCCAGCCAGGCUGCGGUUCUUACCAGGCGCAGCAGUACGCGUCGACCGCCAGCCAGUACGGCAGCCGGGCCUCGCUGAAUAGCCAGUACGCGACCGGCUACAGCCAGACCCAGGCGCCCUACCACCAGUUGCCGCUGCAGGCCGCCGGCAGUCCCGUGCUCGUGCACAAUCCCUACGGCACCCCGGCCAAUAGCCUCAACCAGGCCUACCAGCAGCAGCCCGAGCUUAACGCUUAUGCUCCCCUCAGCAGCGCUCCCGCUCCGCCGGCCCUGCAGGCCCCGGCCAUGCAGGCCGCCGCGCCCCCGCCCGCGCCGCCUCCCCCGCCGAUGCAGGCGGUCGCGCCGCCACCGCCACCACCGCCACCGGCCCCCAGCGCCAACGGCCAGGACGGCCCGCCGGCGCCGCCCGACGUCAACUCGCUCGCCGCGGCCUUGCAGGCGGCUAAGCUCAAGAAGAAGCAGCAGUCACAACCAAUAGAAAAUAGUGGCUCAAGCACCAGCAGCAGCGGAAGUGGUGGCGGAAAUUAUGGAACGCUCGGACGUAAUAGCGGUGGAGGCGACGGGGUAGCCGGUGCGUUAGGGGCGCCAUUGAUGAUGGAAAUGGCAAAGACGCUUGCUCGUAGACGAGCUGCCGUCGAAAAGAAGCAGCCAGAACAGCCACCCGAACCUGACAGUUCUCCCGACAAAAAGUCUUGGGAUAAAAAUAACUCAACGAUUUCAAAUAGCGCCAGCAAUAAUAAAUUUUCAAAUGGCGCUGAAUCGCCCAAGGCUCACCGCAAAAGGUUUGGUUCUGCAUCCGAGGACACUCUCCUCAAAGUUAAUGGUGUUAAUGACGGUUCAUCGAUAACCGCACAGGAUAUGGAGGCCUUCAAAGUAGAACUAAUGAAGGAAGUGCGGAAAGAAUUUCAGAAGAUAAAACAAGAAAUUGUUGACGCUGUGAAAAGUGAACUGAAUAGAAGAUAAAGGUCACGUUAAUACAGCAGGAGUAAGAAGAACGAAGACACAAAUUAGCUAACAAAGGGAUUAACAAGAGAUUUGACUAGAUAGCUCAAGCAAAAGCGUCAUCCACAAGUACAGCCGUUUUGGAUGCAGGUUUUUAUUACGCAAUCGCGAGUACAGUGUAGUUAUAUCCAUGUAUAUCAGCCAUUUCUGUGUAAGUACGUUUAUGUAGCAUGAUAUAUGAUAUCACGGAGACGGACGCGGGCUCGUUGCAUUUAAGAUAUAGUCAUAAGAAUGCCGUUUGAGAUACUAAUUUACAAAGACAACGUACAAUUUUGAAUUAUAGAUCAAUAGAUUACACGGCAUAAAAUUGCAAUUCAGUACAUUUUCUUGUAAUGUACAGUGCAAACAAACUUUUGAAAAUUCAAGAGCAUCUUUGAAUUUUUAAGGUUUUUGAAAAUGUUUAUCUCCAGUGAUUUUCUACGAUUUAGAUGAAUCAAAUGAGUGGGCUUAUUUCAAUGCGCAACACGCACAAUAAAAUGGACAAUCUUAGUGGCGAAGCGACAAACAAAUUGUGUUUUCACUGCCAAGAAUGGUAUAAAAACAAAAGACUCACUCAUAUAAUAGGUGUAACUUGCGGGCCAUGCACUAUUUUCUAGAUUGUUUAUUCUUAAUUAAAAUUGUUGAAAUAGUCAUUCACACUUAACAAUCUGACAUUCUAAAAUAUUACUAUUAUUAAUUUGCAGUGACUUUCAAUUGGCAUAUUUCUUUUUAUAGCUUUUGACGAGAAAAUUAUAAAUAAUUUUAGUUUAUGUAUGAAUACUUGAAAUUUCAUACUAUUUAGUUAGUUUACUGGGUUUUUGAAUGGCAACUUUAAAUGUUUCGAAAGAAUAACAAUCUAACGGGUUCUCAAAUGUGAUUUGUCCGAUUCGUAAAGCCUUUCUUGUAAGAUUAUCCCACUCUUACUUGUAAACUUGUACAGAAUUUUUUGACUUUUUAACCACGAAGUUGAGGUGUUUAUAAAAGUAAAAUGCUAAAUCUUAAAGUUCUUUUCGUUUAUUAACUAUUUCAAUUUAAAAGAAAAAAAUUUGAGUUCUUACUAAAAUUUUUAUCUUAUUUGAAUUUAUUUUAGUUUAUAAUAACACUUCAAUUUCAUAUAAAACAACUUUUUAAUUACUUGACAAGAAUUAUUGCAGCUAAUUUUAAUUCAUGCAUUUAGAUGGUCGCCAGGAAUUAAAAAAAGAACAUAUUUGAUGCAUUUUACUUACUUAUUUUCGGUAGAAAAACCAAAACUUUCAUCCUAGUUUUUAAGUCUACGAAAAAUAUUAUAGCAUGUGAAAAAUGUAACGUGACGACGCAAUGGCGAUAAAUAAUUCCAAUUGACGAUUUUUAUAUGAAAAUAAUUUUAUAUAUGCGUUAUGCAAGAGACGCAAAUUUCUUAAAUUUUUACAAUUGUCGAAAAAAAUAACAAAAACAAAAAAUUAAAAAAAAAACAAUCGAAUUUCAGAAAAUCUAUAUGACUGAAUAAUAAGAAAUAAGAUAUUUAAUUAAUAAUAACGGCAUGUCAAACAUCAAUCUAAAUUGUAAGAAUGAGAACGAAUCAAAGUAUUCUGUCUUGCAAAGAUUUUCCAAAAAUUUCCGGGGGUUUUCUGCGUUGUCGUCGUCCUUGAACGCUUGUUCUCAAGCUUCCAGCAGAAUUUCAAAAAGAUUCUUUGUUGCAAAGUGGAUUGCACUUCUGAGAGUAGUGAACAACAAUCUAUUUGAAUUUUUUGAUAUUGUUAAAAUAUCUUUCAUUGUUCGUCGAACAACUCUAAUAAAGGCAUUUAAUUGUAUUCCACUUUGCAACCCUUUUAACGAAGGAGAAUUUUAUGAUGGCGGAUUUUCUAGUCUAGAUACGACGAACAAAUAUAAGUGAGUUAUUUCUAUGGUGGAAACAGUAAGGCGUCUUAGUAAUUAUUGAUUGUAGUUACAAAAGAAUAAGUAUAAGAGAAAAGUGAGUAAUGUAUUGAAGUUAAUAUGAUAGAGAAGUAGAUUAUUGACUUUUGAUUGAGAUUGAGACGGCAAAAAGGACAGUAAAAUAACGUUACACAAAAAUAUAGGAUGACGUGAAAAAACUCAGUUUUCAAACCUUUUUUUAUACUUUUUAUAUAUUUAUAUAGAUUAUAUAAGCUUAACAAGGCACUUAUAACGCUUCUUGUGCUUUUUUUAUGUUCUGCACGAUUGAUAAAUAAUCGCUGUUUGCUUUUUUUUGAUAUAUAACAAUAUAAGUAGCGAAGGUUAAAAACACGACGUUCGCGAUUGUAAGUGGAUACUUUUUCAUUAAUUUUAUUUCAAUAACAGGAAUUCUAAUAACAUAAAUAGUUUUCGAGAGCAUCCAAUAUAAUUUCAUUAAUUCGUUUUCCUUGCGUGUCCUUUUGUAAAUACAUUUCUACAUGGGCUCUUCCAGUAGGAUAUAUUUAUUUUUGAUUUACUACUUACGAAUUAAUAAAACGACGCACUAUGAAAUUGAGAAAGGCCAAUCGACGAGUUACUCCAAAAAUUUGUCCAUGGUUUUACUUCCAUUUAGUUGAAGGAAUCAAAUAUCAACAUUGAAAGGUUUAAAAGAAUACGUAAAAAUAUACUACUCUGUAUACCUAACCUUGAGUAUUCGAUUCGAAAGAUAGAAUUGUCAUUUGGUAAUACUCAUGGAAAUACACGAUCAAACAAACUUGAUUGACAAAGUUAGUCUUGAUCAACUCAAUAAACUCACGAGAAUGAUAAAACAUUACAUAAAAUAAUAAGCAAAGUAAUAUGAAUAACACUAAUAUUCAGUAUGGUUAUAAUAGUAAUAACUUGAAAGCAAGGAACAGUCGCCGGAAAAGUUAGUAUUAAAUAGCUGCAUUUAUACAGUAUAUGAUUAAACACAAACGAAUAAAGUUUAUAGCCUUUAAGUAGUUUACGAUUUCGAUGGACCUAAGCGAAGCGACUAGUAUUAUAAAUGUUGCAGAAAGAAUCUUUUUAAUUCAUUUUGUAAUCAUUUUAGCUGCACAAUUAAACAAACAAUGUAGAAUCAUCCUUUAUGGAAAUUGUAAUGGCAAAAACGCCAAAGUAAGUACAUGUAGACGACGCUGGAAUAUGGACUUUAAACUAUCAAACAAUCAUUGGCAAUGUCUUGUGUGAAAACUAAUUACUGGCUCAGUUUGAAUGAUGUUUCAUUUUCACAUAAAUGCUUUAUCAUCCCCGAUAGCCUUGUGGUCAAAUAAAUUUUUUCUAAAUUUUUUCAUUUGCCAGUACCGAUUUCUUUAGUAUUUUCCUUAUAUUCAAUGUCGAAUAGUCAAAAUAUCCUCGCGAUUUCUUUUUACAGUAUUUCAGUUAUUUUAUAGAAAGACAAUAAUUUUUGUUUGAAUUCAGUAUUCAUUACGAAGAAGUGCGAAUUGGUUGUAUUUUGAUCUACAUUUGCAGCAUUUGUCUUCUUUUUUAAAUGCUCGAAUGUGGAAUGUACUUUAUGUAUCAACGAGUUAAUCGUGCGAACUGCAGUGUCGUUAUUCAAUUUGGAUAUAGAUUAAAAUAACAGUUAAGAGUGACGUACAUUUAAAAAAUUAAAAAAAACCAACAUGCGGCGCACUUUAAUUAAUGUAAAUGAAUGAUAAACAAUAAAACAUUUAUGUCUACGCAAGUUAUCGUCAGUAAUUUAUUGAAAAAAAGGCAAAAGUUGAAUUAUAAAUUAUUUGUAACAAUAUAACGAAUCCUCAUUGAAAUAGUUAUAAUUUAUAAAGUUAUUUGAAUUUUUCAAUAAA